UUUUACAUUGGUACAAUUUUUGUAGGAAUUGUAUGCCAACGUACAAAAAACUAUAACAUGGAAUACUGAGCCCCAUUUGUCAAAGUGGUACUACAAGAUGAUGCACAAGCGGGUAUCGGUCACGGGGGAGGAUUAGGAGACAGAACAAGGCGUUGCACGUGUUGGUCCAAGCACCCACACGCUCUAGUACACCCGAGCUCCGAGCGCACACACGACCAGGAGAGCAACAAGCCAACAACAUUCGUCUUGUGAGAAGCAGCAGGUGGACACGUCGGCACCAUGACCCAGCACCUGAGCGGCUCGUCUCCCUUCCUCAAGCCCUUCUUCCUGAAGACGCCCGUCCGGGUGGUCAACCCUCUGCGGCAGAGACGACACACGUUGCCCGCCAGCGAAUUCAGGAACCUCACGCCUCAGGAUGCCAUCAGCGUGUUUGAGAUCGAGAGAGAAGCUUUCGUCUCAGUGUCCGGCGAGUGCCCUUUGACCUUGGAAGAGGUGCUGCGCUUUGUGCGUCAGUGCCCCGAGCUGUCGCUGGGCUGGUUCGAGGAGGGUCAAUUGGUCGCCUUCAUCAUCGGCACCGGCUGGGACAAAGAGAGGCUUUCGCAGGAGGCCAUGACCCUACACGUGCCAAACACGUCGACGGUGCACAUCCACGUGCUGUCAGUGCACCGCCACUGUCGGCAGCAGGGCAAGGGCUCCAUCCUGCUGUGGCGGUACCUGCAGUACCUUCGCUGCAUGCCGCACCCCCGCCGGGCGCUGCUGAUCUGCGAGGACUUCCUGGUGCCCUUCUACCUCAAGGCCGGCUUCAAGGAGAAAGGCCCGUCAGCCAUCAGCGUGUCCAACAUGCGCUUCCAGGAGAUGGAGUACCUGCUGGGCGGACAGGCAUACGCCAGGCGGAAUAGCGGCUGCUAA